AGUGACACUUCGUUUAAGAGAAAUAGAAUAGGUAUACUAAUUAUAAAAUAAGUUUCUCUAUACUUUUUAAGGUAAACAAUCCAACAAAAUGCCAUACGCGAAUCAGCCAUCGGUUCAUAUUUCGGACUUAACGGAAGAAAAUGUCAAAUUUCAAGUGGAAGAUACGGAACUGAGUGUAGCAAAUAGUAUGAGGCGGGUUUUUAUCGCUGAAACGCCUACAAUGGCUAUCGAUUGGAUACAAUUAGAAGCCAAUUCGACCGUCUUAAGUGAUGAAUUUUUAGCGCAUAGAAUCGGAAUGAUACCGUUGAUAAGUGAUGAUGUUGUUGAUAGGAUACAAUAUACAAGAGAUUGCCAGUGCAUGGAUUUUUGUCCUGAGUGCAGUGUGGAAUUCACGCUUGAUGUAAAAUGUACGGAAGAUCAAACGCGACAUGUAACCACUGCAGAUUUUAAAUCCAGUGAUCCAAGAGUUCUUCCUGUUACAUCCAGGCAUAGAGAAGAUGAUGCCAGUGAAUAUGGAGAAACAGAUGAAAUCUUGAUAGUUAAAUUGAGAAAGGGUCAAGAACUAAAACUAAGAGCAUAUGCAAAGAAAGGUUUUGGAAAAGAACAUGCAAAGUGGAAUCCUACUGCUGGUGUAAGCUUUGAAUAUGAUCCAGAUAAUUCCAUGAGGCACACAUUAUUCCCAAAGCCUGAUGAAUGGCCAAAAUCAGAAUACAGUGAAUUAGAGGAAGAUCAAUAUGAGGCACCAUUCAACUGGGAAGCGAAACCUAAUAAAUAUUACUUCAAUGUUGAGAGCAGUGGAGCUUUAAAACCUGAGAAUAUUGUAAUGAUGGGCAUUGCAGCAUUGAAAAAUAAGCUGUCUAAUCUGCAAACCCAAUUGAGUCAUGAAGUUCAAAGUGAUGCAUUGAGCAUUCAUCAUUAA